AUGGCAUUUCUGCCUGCCACUUUUGAGCUUCUGGCGAUCGCAAUGUAUGGAGUCUUCAUUCUGGACUACGCCCCUUUGGAGGGCCUGGUCUUGGGAACAAUCCUCGUAGCGAUCGGUGACGGCCUGGUCAUACCUAAGAUGAAGGAGUUCGGGUACAUCUUCAAGGGGCAUCCGAUGCCACGGCUCAUGUUCACCUGGGCGCCUCUGGAAGCGUCGUUUGCGCUGGCGACCUUUGGUGUGCUCAGUGGUUUUGCCGCGCCCGCUGACUCUGCGGUCAGCACGGGAAUGCUGUUAGGCGGCAAUGUGUUACGAAUCAUUGCAACUGUGGUCGGUGGAAUGGUGCUGGGUGGUGCCGCAGGAUGGCUAAUUCCCAGAAGGACCAAGCUAACCAUCUCGGGCAAGCAGGUGUUCACUGGCAUGCCUGUAGAGGCUUUCCUGAUGGUCGUUUCAGUGGCGCUAUCGGCCUUCGCCCUUGGCGUCUCAGAGGGAGCCACACUCGUGCCUAUGCCGCUUAUUGGUGGCGCCUUCUUUCAGUCGGAGUUGAUGGUGAUCAUGACUGGAGUUUUCUUCUCGGCUGUGGCUGCAGAGGCAGACCUCCACCAGGUAGAACGAGUGAUGGGUGGUGUUUGGAUCUUCGGGCAGCUGAUCCUUUUUAGCAUGAUCGGCAGCCGUACAACGCUUGACAUCUUCCCGGCAUUCUGGCACCAUGUGUUUCCUUUGAUGGCCUGUGGACUAGCUGCUCGAUUCGUGGGCAUCUUCCUCGCCAUCAAUGGCAUUCUCAUCCUUGACCUGCCAGGUCAUCCAUUUCAGGCCGCCACUGUGAUGCAGGAUGUCACGUUCUGCUUCGUCUCCAUCCUGCCUCGAGCAACGAUCCAGGGCGCUCUGGGUCAAGUUCCUAUUACCGGGCAGUUCUUUGGCCGGCUAUCCAAUAGCUCCACUUGUCAGGACUUCAUCUUCCUGGCAGCGAGGUUGUACAUCUGCAUCAUGUCUGUUUGUGGGAUGAUCUUGCUGAACACCUUCGGGCACCGUCUCUGUCUUCAGACCCUGGACCGGCCACCCUGGGGUGACAAAAUUGACAAGGCAGGGAAGGAGAUCGAGACCAGCAUUGAGGCACCUGAGUCGCCAGAGGCUGCCGUCCAGAGUGUGGCGGAGGCGUAUGCCAUACCCGAGAAAGUGCUAGCGGAGGCUUUGCACAAGGUCGUGGCUUUACAGAGUUCUUCAAAAGGUUUCGGUCUCACAAGAUCCAAGUCCGAUUCCGAUGCUCUUUCACAACCGCCAAUUUCUGCAGGUUCAGAGACCUCAACUGAUCUGGCAUUCGCACAGUUCGAUUGCUUGGGUUCAGUUCUCAACGCCAACCAAGACCAGGAGCCUGCCUGGCGAGGCCGACGAAGGUAG